AACUAUCAAACGAUUUUGCACUCUUACAGACGAACAAGAAGCGCAAGCUAUGGCCAACGAAGAAGAUGAUCUCAAUCUUCUCCUUUCUCUCCAAGAUAAAGUCGUUGAAACUCCUCCUGGAACUCCGCCUCAAACCUCAGUUCUAUCUGACGAUGAAUCACCAAGACGAUCAGGUCCUGCGGAUAUGUCUAUCUUCAGAAACGCUGUCAAAGACUGCCUUGAUUAUGACCAUAUACCGACUGAAAAAAGUGGAAAAAUGAACCGUUCUAAGGUUUCUAACGAUGUUUCGAUCGAGAAGUUUUCUGGUCUGCGAAUGAGGAAUCAACUGGUGGCACCUGCUGAGCUUCGCGAUCGUUUUUCUGACAUUCGCUUUGUUCGUUUGUCUACCAUAAAGAAUCUGUUGGUUGGGGACACCCUUUCAGGCUGUUGGGUAACUGUUGGAGUGUUGACCGAGAAAGGAAUUCCAAGGACAAGCUCUACAGGGAAAGCUUACUGCAUCUGGAAACUUAGUUGUUUGGAUGAAAAUACUGUUUCUGUUUUCUUAUUUGGUGACGCUUAUAAAAGAAAUUGCAAGGAGCUGGCUGGAACAGUUUUUGCGCUUUUUAACUCUACAGUACGAAAGGAUGCAACGGGGAUGGGGUUUUCUUUAAGUGUGUAUCAACCAAGCCAGUUGUUAAAGAUGGGCACUUCAGAUGACUAUGGAGUAUGCAAGGGGAAGAAGAAGGAUGGGAUUGCGUGUACAACAGUAAUAAAUAGGCGACGUGGCAUAUACUGUAAAUAUCAUAAAUCAAAGGCAUCAGAAAAAUAUUCCACAGCCACACGAACUGAGCUCGAAGGAGGGAAUCUGAGGACUGCAUUCAGAGAUUAUCAUCUCAAGCCAGAAGGAGUUUACAUGGUAGAUCCGCAAGCUGGUAAAGUGACUUCUAAGAAGCCAGCAAAGCCGGUAAAACUGUUAUCUGUGGAAGGCCUGAAAAGGGCAUUGAGCAAUGCAGAUAAAGUGACCACCAAUGCACACUCACAAGGGAAAAGAUUCCUUGCUGAGAUCACAGGGAAAUUGACUAGUAAAAGUGUAAACAAAGAAUUAGCCAAACAAAGUCAGCAGAGGAUCAGUUCAGAGAAGACGUCAAUUUUGAAGUCAUCUACCAUAAAACUGGAUUCAAGAGGUGAAAACCAACAACCAGAUCCAAAAAGAAAGAAAACCGACCAUACUCCGGUAGACAAAACCACAAAAGAUAUUGGAAAGAUGAUAGAGUUAGAUUAUGUUAGUUCAGAAGAUGAUGAUAUCGACCUUGUAAUCACCCGAUAAAUUAAUGUUUGAGCUUUGAUUCUUACAAGAAGAGCCAAUAAACUCUUGACGCUUACACAUAAAAGGAGGAUUCAAGGAAGACUGUUGAAGUAUGGAGACUAAUCAAUAACCAUUGCUCACGUUGGUUUAAGAGAGAAACAAGCUAGAAAAGGCGAGAUCAGAUGUGGUAUUGAUUCCUGGACUACUGGAGCAACAACAGAGGUUCUGCUUAGAUUGAAAUGGGAGAAACUCUAUCGAUUAUUUGAGGCCAUUUUAGCUUCGUUUCUGUUUUCUUUGCUUAAUAAGCUUGUGGUUUUACACAGCUUCUUGCCAGACGGCUGAAUUGCCAAGCUCUAAUUGAUAUAAACAUGAGGAGAAAUGGUCAUCCAUGCACAUGGGGAUAGGUGAUGUGCUGCCCAUCACUUUUAGUAUGGGUGAAUUUGGUUUAUUUUCAUCCUUAUAUUUUUAAAAUAUUCAUUUUUAUCUCUA